AUGAGUGGCAGGGGGUCAGACAACUCAAUCAAGAGUGACGGAGAUGGCAAUCUUGCAAAUGUGAGGGUAGAGCCAUUUCCUAUAGCCGCAUCAGCAUCAAACUUUGCAGAGUCUACGAGAAAGCCAUCUCCCCCCACAGGACGUCCAAAAAGAACGUCAUUGGCGUGCAUACGAUGUAGGACGCGUCAUAUAAGAUGUCCAGGAGGUGAUCCUUGCAAGAAAUGUCAACUUGCGAAAACUAAGUGUGAAUACGUGGAAGCUGAUAAGAAAAUAGUCGUGUCCAUGAAGUACCUAUCUAGAUUACAUGACGAUGUGGCGAGAUUGAAAAAAGACAAUGCCCUGCUUAGAAACAGCUUGAAAGAGCUGGAAUCAAAACAAGUGGAAGCACAGGCUACUACUGCUACUGCCUCACCAAAACAACAGCCAAAUCUACCUCCGACACAGAACCAAAUUAAUGCUACAGCUGGAGUAAACCAUCAACCAGGUUUGAAUCAUACACAGGGAAUGGAAGUGAUAGGUCCUUCAUUGGAUAAACAUGGACGGCUUAUACAGUCACGAACUGGUGAAAAAGUGUAUGUCGGGUCUUCAUCCAUGACUUUAUUUGGUUUGGAAAUUCAAAACAUGGCACCCACGUUUGACUCAUCUUUGCUUCCAACUUCAAACAAAUCAACUCCGAUGAAUUCUCCUGAUACGAGGGCAUCAGUAUCAUCUGUGAAAAGCGACUCUCGACAAUCAUCAUCAUCAUCAUCAAAACGUGAAAGUAAAAUCAUGGAAAAGGAAGGAAAUGCUUACAAGAUCACCCUUUCAAAGACCAAUACUCGACCUGGGCUUUCAAUGAAUUUCUCACUACCUUCAUACUCAUAUGCUAUGCUUCUAGUGGAUACAUUCGUCAACUACAACGACGGAUGUUUCUACUUUUUCAACGAAGGUUUGAUUAAACAAUUUUUAAUGAAUUUAUACGCGGGAAAGACUGAGGAAAACAAGAAAAUCUUGCGUCGAAACUAUUCUCAAGACGCUACGGUAAAUUCCGACGAAAAUACCAUCAAGAAAGAUGCCGAUGAUGAAACCAUUUUGGAAACCAUUUGGUUUUGCAAGAUUUUGCUCAUUUUUUCCAUUGGGGAAAUGUAUUUGGGAACCGAAUCAGAUACUCAUGCUAAACGGAAAAAACUUGAAAACAUGACAAGAAAGAAAGACAGUAAAGAGAAACACACUUUGCCAGGUGCAGAGUUUUUUUAUCAAGCAUCAGAACUUUUCACAGGAUUGUUUGCUUCUGGUGCAAUUGAUAAUAUAACAAAAGACGGCGGUAUUGAAGUUAUGCUUUUAUAUGCUUUCUACUUGCAAGUUGCUGAUUGCACCAUUGCUUCGUAUUUUUACUUUGGCUUGGCAUUGAGGGCAGCAUUAAUUUUGGGUUGGCAUGUGGAUGCCGAAAAGGAGUCAUUAAAUAGAUUUGAGCUUGAACACAGGAGAAGAAUCUGGUGGACAGUGUAUAUGUAUGAAAGAAUGCUUUCAUCGAAAGCUGGUCUUCCCUUGAGUUUUGCUGACGACUCAGUUUCAACUGAAUUGCCGGUUGAUUUCAGGAUCGAUUUAUCCGAUUUCCCUCGAGAUGAUAAAGAUGUUCGGGGUUAUUACAUAUUCCCACCGGCAGACUACAUCAACAAUUGUGUUACAAUCACUCAAAUCAAUGCCGUUAUAUUGUCAUCGCUAUACACUAGAACCCCAACAUACAACAUCUUACCUAUUGUGUCUGACUUAGUACAAAGGUUGAUUAACUGGAAGAAUUGUUUACCAAGUCAUCUUCACGUGGAUUACACUCUAGAAGAGCCCAAAGUGUCUCGUUUGAUUGUCAAUUUGAUGACGGAGUAUUUCCAAGGUAUCAAUUUAGCAGUGAGACCAUUGUUGUUUCACUUUUCAUCCAAAAAAUUAAAAGAGUUGCAAGUGCAAUCAACUCAGAACAAAUACAUUGAUUUAACCAAAUAUUCCAAGAACGUGUUGAGCUUGCUCAAUUCAUCAUUCCAAGCUUCAAUCAAUACCAUCAAGAGUAUUUGGUCAUUGGUGCUGGAUAAUAUGGUUGCGUUGUUUGGAUGGAUGGAUCGUGAAUAUCUCUUUACUUCCGCAUCAACGUUAAUUCUUUUCAAUGCAUCAUUUGGAGUUCAUGAUGCAACAAGGACACAUUUGGAUCACGCAUUGACAUUGUUUACCAAAAUGAAGCGAUUGGGCAACUACCCGGCAGCAUUAAGAAGAGCACAACUAUUGAAGUUGAUUCGUGUACUUGAUUUUAAUGGUGCCAUGACAGAAAUUCUUCGUAAACAUGACGAAGAAUUUAAACUUUAUGAGGAUGAUUUGAAGGAUGCAGCUGAAGAGAGUGCUCAUGAAACAAUGAAUAACACUCCGCAACAGUUGCAACAGCAACACCCAGAUUUGGAUUUCUUGAAUUUCCACACUGGUUUACCACACAACCAAGGGGAUUUCAAUACCAAUCAAGAUUUAACUGGAAUAGAGGGGUUUGCCUAUCUAGAUGAAGAGCAAAAAUUGUGGAAUGAGAUUACUUCUGAAGCUGGAUGGCUAAAUUUCCAUCCCCCAGAAAAUGCUGCUCUUAGUGCUGAGCUAGAGCCUAUUGCUGAAACUGACAAGCCGGGGCCAAGUCCAUUUAGUUUUGAUGACGUUGAGGAUUCAAGACAACGUGGUGGUGCCAGUGGAGACAAUGGUGGAGGCAACGGUGGAGGCACUGGAGGAAUUGGUGGUGAAGCUGAGGGUACCAAUAGCAGUGCCACCACAGAAACCCAUUUUCCUGAUAUGAUUAGUGACCAAUUCAACUACAUGGAUUAA